CGUUCACUGUUUUUGCUAGGUACUAUCACUUUUGCUAGGUAGAGCAAGAAUUGCACAGAAUAUUGGUGAUACGUGAAACAAGGAGCGAGGCUUCAUUCGUACAUGUGCGCAUGAACGAACGCUCAUCAUCAUCGCUUAUCAGGACGCUGUGGUUAACCAGCACAUCGGAACAGAGCUACCUACAACAUCGCCGCCACGCGUAGAUGCCAAGUUGAGCGCUCUCUUCUUCAGCUCUCAUUCGACACCCAUCACUUGUUAGAAACUAUCUUCAGAAGGAAGAUGGCGCUGCUCGUUCUACAGCUCGUUUUCGCCUGCCUCGUGAUCAGCUGCGCCACCACCUCUCGCCAGGAGGCGCGCGGAUACAACGACCGCCACGGAUCGAAGACGCUGCUCAGACUCGUUCCCGUGUUGACGCCGGAAAAAGUGGACGCCUUGGAGCAGGCGCGCGAUGCUGACGCCGUCUGGCGGCAAGCGUACGAGAAGCGUGCGGGGCCCCGGCUAUCGGUGAUCAGCUCCUUGGAUGUGCUACGCAGGCAGCUGCAGAUGGUCAAGGAUCGACAGAACAAGCAAGCGCAUGGUUACCAGGCCUCGGCCAACCAGAACUUCCUCGACAGGCUGGGUUGAUGAACGUCUUAACAGCGUUCAUGAUCCUAGUCUUAAGCGUAGCCACCUCAAUAUAUAUAUCAUGGAUUAAUAAUGACAAAUUGUCAUUAUUAGGCAAAUUAGGCACAAUUAGUCAAAUUGUCAUUGUCAUUUAGACAAAUUGUCAUAACGUGUACCGCAGUUUUAUCCCAUUGCUGCUAACAAAAAUCUUCUUUGUCAGCAAAACUGCUGUAAGCCUAAGAAGUAAGCGUUUGCACAACGUACGUUCCUGCCCCCCCCCCCCCCUGAGCUCACGAGUUGU